AACAUUCACUCCGUCAGCACAGAGCAGAGUUUUAACCCAGCCUCCAUGGUACAAAGCUCCACAUCAUUGGAGACCGUUACUCACAUGUAAGAAGAGAGACUGAGAGGCAGGGCACUGUAGUGAAUCAGAAACACAGCAAGAGAGACAGAGAAAGAGAACGAGAGCAGUACUGGAAAAGACAGAGAGACCGAUAGAGGCAAAGGCAUGUCCAGAAUCUGACUCACGAACAGGACUCGGAGAACUGAAAAGCUUAAGGGGUGAAGAGUUGUUUGCAGAAAAAGACGACACCAAUCAGCCACUAUGCAGAGAAUCCAUGUCGGCCUUCUCUCACUGGCACCCUUAAUAACAGCCCUCCUGAUCCUCCUGCUGUGUUCAGCUGGUUCUGGUCUUGAACUGAACCCCAGCACGAAAGAAUUAAUCCUGCUCGCUAAUACCUCUAUCUCCAUUACCUGUUCUGGCUGGGCGCCUGUCUCCUGGCACUACAAAAGAGAUGAGAGGGAACAUCAGAUCAGAACAGAGAACCGAUCACGCACCUCGAGCGUUCUCCACCUGGCGAAUGUGACAUGGAGAGACACAGGAGUGUAUGUGUGCUCUGAGAAUGGUUCAGCGGAAAGCAGAGAGGUGACUGUCUAUGUGCCUGACCCAGACAACUGGUUUUUGGAGAACGACUUUCAUGCAAUCACUAAAACACGCGAUGAAGGGACAGUACCAUGUCUGGUGACAGACCCAAAAAUAAAUGUAACACUCUUUGAAAAAGAGAGUGGGAGCCAAGUGGCAGGCAAAUAUUCACCGACGAGUGGCUUCACAGGAAUACUGGAAGACAAGAUUUACAAAUGCAGAGGAGAAUUGAAUGGAGAGGAAAAGUGGACAGAAUCAUUUUAUGUCUUCAGUAUCAUUGUUCCUGAGGCACUGGACACCCACAUCAAUGCUUCUAAGACGGUGCUGAAACAAGGCGAGCCGCUCAGCGUCAACUGCACGGCCCACGGAGUUGAGCUUGUCUUCUUCUCCUGGGACUUCCCGAACAAAGAUGAUGGAGAUGUGGAAAUCUUGACAGACAUAAUCUCAGCGACCAUGAGCAUGCGCUCGUUCCUGAACAUUUCCCAGACCACUCUGGCGCACACUGGACAAUACAUAUGCCAUGUUCAAGAGAGCGUGGGCAACCAACGUGCAUCUAUUAGUAUCGACAUCACUGUGUUGGAGAGAGGCUUUGUCAAGCUGAGCUCAUUUCUAAACCCCAAUGUCUCAGCAUUACCACAUGAGAAUGUGGAGCUGAGAGUGGAGAUAGAAGCCUACCCCAAGCCUCACAUCCGCUGGAGCAAGGAUGGAGCCACGAUCAACGGAGACAAGGUCAUCAGCAUGAGACAGGAACAGGAAACCAGGUACAUCAGCACAUUAACGCUAGUGAGAGUCCGUCUAGAGCAGAAAGGAUAUUACACCAUUCAUGUUUCUAAUGAGGACGAUUCCAAAGAGAUGACCUUUGACCUAAUGGUUAAGGUUCCUCCUCAGAUCACCGAACUUUCAGAUCAUCACCUGCCGGAGAAGAAGCAUGCCGUCACCUGUGUGGCAGAGGGAGUCCCAUCUCCCACUAUUCGGUGGUUCAGCUGUGAAAGCAUUCACAAAUGCAGCAACAAAAGUGCUGUGUGGAGCCCUCUAGUGGCAGAUACAGAAAACAUUGACAUUGUGACUAACACCACCUAUAACGAGAGCCGCAAGAUCCACCAGGUGUACAGCCAGGUGAUGUUUCUCCAUCCUCAGCACAUCACUGUCCGGUGCCAAGCCGGAAACGAGAGAGGAGCUCGGGCACGAGACAUCAGGCUUGUAACAAACACUCUGUUCUCACAGGUGGCUGUUUUGGCUGCUGUUCUAGCACUGGUAGUCAUAGCCAUCAUUUUUAUUAUCAUCCUAAUCGCUGUGUGGAAGAAGAAGCCCCGUUAUGAGAUCAGAUGGAAGGUGAUUGAGUCUGUGAGUCAGGAUGGACAUGAGUACAUCUACGUGGACCCUGUUCAUCUUCCCUAUGACCUGGCCUGGGAGAUGCCUCGAGACAGUUUGGUCCUUGGUCGCACUCUGGGAUCAGGAGCAUUUGGCAGAGUGGUGGAGGCAACUGCAUAUGGACUCACCAAUUCCCAAUCUUCUACUAAAGUGGCUGUAAAAAUGCUCAAAUCGACUGCACGUAGGAGUGAGACUCAGGCUCUGAUGUCUGAGCUGAAAAUAAUGAGUCACUUGGGUCCACACCUCAACAUUGUCAACCUGCUGGGAGCCUGCACCAAACAAGGUCCUCUGUACCUGGUGACGGAAUUCUGUCGAUACGGAGACUUGGUGGACUACCUACACAGGAACAAGCAGAGCUUCCUGCAGAACUAUGCUAACAAUAGCCAGCUCAUUAAUGGCAGCAACAGCCACAUCAGCAUUGACUCUGGUGUGCCUUCUGGGAAAGGCUAUGUGUCAUUUGGCUCUGAGAGUGAUGGUGGUUAUAUGGAUAUGAGGAAAGAAGAUAUGACUGAAUACGUGGCAAUGCAAGAGCUGACAGACAACAUCAAAUAUGCUGAUAUCCAGCCAUCUCCAUAUGAGUCACCAUAUCAGCAGGACAUCUACCAGGAACAAGGUCACAGAGUAGACCUCUCACUGGUCAUUAGUGAUUCUCCCAUUCUGAGCUCUACUGAUCUGGUGGGCUUCAGCUUUCAGGUGGCCAAAGGCAUGGAGUUUCUGGCCUCCAAAAAUUGUGUUCAUCGUGACUUGGCGGCUAGAAAUGUCUUAAUAUGUGAGGGAAAACUAGUGAAAAUCUGUGAUUUUGGGCUGGCCAGAGACAUCAUGCAUGACAGCAAUUAUAUCUCCAAAGGCAGCACAUUCUUACCACUAAAGUGGAUGGCCCCAGAGAGCAUCUUCCAUAACCUCUGCACUACCCUCAGUGAUGUCUGGUCUUAUGGUAUUUUGCUGUGGGAGAUAUUUACUCUAGGAGGAACCCCAUACCCAGAUCUGCCUAUGAAUGAGCUCUUCUAUAAUGCUCUUAAGAGAGGCUACCGGAUGGCCAAACCUAUGCAUGCUUCAGAUAAAAUUUAUGAGGUCAUGAAGAAGUGCUGGGAAGAGAAGUUUGAGAAGAGGCCAGACUUCUCCUAUUUGGUGCAGGAGAUGGGGCACAUGCUUACCGAAGGCUAUAAAAAGCGAUACUCCCAGGUCAACGAGAGCUUUCAGAAGAGCGAUCACCCAGCUGUGGUACGAAGCAAGCCCAGGGUCCCCUCUCCAUUCCCAUGCACACUCCCUCCCACUUCCCCUUCCACCAUUUUCCCUCCAUCGUCCACACCUAACCGUUGCCUGGAGGCUGAUCAAGAUAUGGCACCUCCACUUUAUAACGGUUACAUCAUCCCUAUUCCUGACCCCAAGCCAGAGGAAGAGUGCCAGGAAGUCAGUAUGCCAACAGAAAUUCAUUCAAGCUCUGCAGGUUCUGAGGCAGAGACAGCAUCAUUGGAGGCUCCCAGUGCAGAACACGAGUUUGCUGAUCAACUGAAGGAACACUCCUUUACUCCUGAUGCAGAGGAGAGCUUUCUGUAACACCAUGUUGCUUCCUCUUACACUGGAGAAAAUCUGCUACUGACAUUCAAACAAAAA